UCUCAGAGACACAGGGAGAUGAACCCUUAACCAAAACGAGAGGCCAAGAUUUCUCACUAUCUUCUGCUUGAAAUCGCAACCCUUAUCCUAUCCACAAGCCUUGCUCUAAAGCACUCUUUUGUUUCUCAAUCCUUCUCUCACUCCCUCCCUCGAUUUCCCACUCUCCUUGUCUCCCUUCUCCUUCCUUUCCCCUGGUAGCAGUCGUCUGCAGAUCAUGUUGCAGCGACCAUCGAACACUUGACUGAGAAAGACAGAGACCAACCAUCUGCUCAGGCCAGUGGGCUUCCUUUCUUCUGAUUCCGUGUUCCAAUGGCCCCAAAAGCCGGCCGUACAAAGACCAACAAAUCCAAGGGAGAGAAGAAGAAGAAGGAAGAGAAAGUGCUGCCUACCACCCUCGACAUCGCAGUCUGCACCCCUUAUGACACUCAGAUUACACUCAAGGGGAUCUCUACUGAUAAGAUUAUCGACGUCAGAAGGCUUCUAGCAGUUCAUGUGGAUACAUGUCACCUAACAAACUAUUCCCUAUCUCACGAGGUUAGAGGGAGCCGAUUGAAGGACGCUGUGGAAAUCACUUCUCUCAAGCCUUGUGUAUUGACCAUUGUUGAAGAGGACUACACGGAGGAGCAGGCGGUUGCGCACGUGCGGAGGUUCCUGGAUAUCGUCUCGUGCACAACAGCGUUCGGGAAGAAUGGAGAGGGCAAGGAGAAGGGAGCUGCGGCGAAGAAGCGGAGCUCUCCUCCUCCUACUCCUGCUCCAUUGGAUGAGGAGGGGGACCCAGCGAAAGCCGAAGGGAAGGGAAACAAGGGCGCAGCGGACGUUGCGGCAAUCCAUCCUCCGUCGAAGCUUGGCCAGUUCUAUGAUUUCUUCUCCUUCUCCCACAUCCCUUCCCCGAUUCAAUAUUUAAGGAAAUCUGGACCCCAGUUUCCUGAAGAGAGGGCGGAGGAUGAUUUCUUCCAGAUAGAUGUGAAAUUGAUAAAUGGGAAGCUGGUGACUGUCGUUGCUUCCCGCAAAGGCUUUCACACCACAGGAAAGCAAGUUUUCCUAUGCCACACGCUAGUCGAUCUACUGCAACAGCUAAGCAGCGCAUUUGCUAAUGCCUAUGACUCUCUAAUGAAAGCUUUUACAGAACACAAUAAGUUUGGGAAUCUACCGUACGGUUUUCGUGCCAAUACGUGGCUUGUGCCGCCAAUGGUUGUUGAAUCGUCUGGAUUCCCCUCUCUACCUGUGGAAGAUGAGAGUUGGAAUGGUAAUGGUGGCGGGCAAGGAAGAAAUGGUGAACAUGAUAACAGGAAGUGGGCUCAAGAAUUUUCAAUUCUUGCACGAAUGGCAUGCAAAACAGACGAGGAAAGGCAGAUCCGGGAUCGGAAGGCCUUCCUUCUCCAUUGUUUAUUUGUCGAUGUUUCAGUCUUUAAGGCUACUGCAGCAAUACGCCAUCUAGCAGAUGCCAACGGACAAGAAUAUGUCCCAGAAGCCAGCCUAUUGGACAGCAAAGUCCAUGAAGAAUGUAUUGGAGACUUGAAAAUAACAGUAACAAGAGACGUAAAGGAUGCAAACAUCAAGCAGGAUGCUAAAAUUGAUGGGAGUCAAGCACUUGGAGUAUCAUUGAAAGAGGCUGCUCAGAGGAAUUUGCUUAAAGGGAUCACGGCUGAUGAAAACGUCACUGUCCAUGAUACUGCUACUUUAGGUGUUGUUGUUGUCAGGCAUUGUGGUUACACUGCAGUAGUAAAAGUUUGUGGGGACAUGAACAACGAAGUGGGUUCUCCGCUUCAAGAUAUUGAUAUUAAAAAUCAGCCAGAUGGAGGGGCGAAUGCUUUAAAUGUCAACAGCCUAAGGAUUUUGCUUCCCAAGAUAUCUGGCGUGGAUUCUUCUGGUAAUGGGCAGCAUUUUCCUUCUGGUGAUGGUGAUUCAGAUGACAUAGAAAAAGCUAAAUCAUUGGUAUACUUUGUACUUGGUGAUAGCUUGAAGAAGUUGGAGAAUGAAUCAGCAGAGUCAGCUAAAUUUUUUAGAUGGGAACUUGGAUCAUGCUGGGUGCAGCAUCUACAGAGCCAGGAGUCUUCAAAAAGUAAUGAUCCAAAGGCUGUUAACGAAAAGAAAGACGAACCGGUUGUCAAGGGACUGGGAAAGAAAUUUGAAUUGCUCAAGAAGAUAAAAAAGAAAACGGAGAAUACAAACAACAAGUAUAAUGUAUCUGAUGAUGUUGCCAUUAAUAGUUUAGCAAGUGAUUCUUCAAAAGGAUCAGAGAAUGGAGAAAGCCAUCAGGAACCAGGCCUCCAGAAAGUCCUUCCAGAACCUGCCUUUCUGCGUCUUAAGGAAUCUGGCACAGGACUUCAUCUAAAGUCAUUAGAAGAACUGACUGAGAUGGCAAAUAAGUAUUAUGAAGAUGUUGCAUUGCCAAAGUUGGUAGCAGAUUUUGGGUCACUUGAGCUAUCUCCAGUUGAUGGACGCACACUGACUGACUUCAUGCAUACAAGAGGAUUGAGAAUGUGCUCCCUUGGACAUGUGGUUGAACUUGCAGACAAGCUUCCUCACAUACAAUCUCUUUGCAUCCAUGAGAUGGUUACUCGAGCCUUCAAGCACAUUUUGCAAGCAGUUAUUGCUGCGGUCAAGAAUAUGGAUAGCUUGGCCAGGGCAAUAGCUGAAUGUUUAAAUGUUUUAUUAGGUGUACCAAACAAAGAUGAUGACAAUGUAAUUGCUCUGAAACUGAAGUGGUUAGAAACAUUUCUUUCUCGACGGUUUGGCUGGAAACUCAAAGAUAUAAAUUUGGAAGAAUUGCGGAAGUUUGCAAUUCUUCGAGGACUUUGUCACAAGGUUGGAUUGGAAAUGGUUCCCAGAGAUUAUGAAAUGGAUAAAUCAAGACCUUUUGAAAAAUCAGAUAUCAUCAGCAUGGUUCCUGUAUACAAGCAUGUGGUGUGCUCAUCAGCAGAUGGACGGACAUUAUUGGAAUCAUCGAAGGCUGCAUUAGAUAAGGGAAAGCUUGAUGAUGCUGUUAACUAUGGAACCAAGGCACUCUCAAAACUUUUAGCUGUCUGUGGCCCUUACCAUCGUAUGACUGCUGGUGCAUAUAGUCUUCUGGCUGUGGUGCUCUAUCAUACUGGAGAUUUUAAUCAGGCAACUAUUUACCAGCAGAAGGCCUUGGAUAUAAAUGAGAGAGAAUUGGGCCUUGACCACCCUGAUACAAUGAAAAGCUAUGGUGAUCUUUCAGUUUUCUACUACCGCCUGCAAUAUACUGAACUGGCUCUUAAGUAUGUAAAUCGAGCAUUGUACCUUUUGCAUCUUACUUGUGGAACAUCACAUCCAAACACUGCUGCAACAUAUAUCAACGUGGCAAUGAUGGAAGAAGGUUUGGGAAAUGUUCAUGUAGCCCUAAGAUAUCUCCAUGAGGCCCUUAAGUGCAAUCAAAGAUUGCUUGGAGCUGAUCAUAUACAGACUGCUGCCAGCUAUCAUGCCAUAGCCAUUGCUCUCUCAUUGAUGGAAGCAUAUUCACUUAGUGUCCAGCAUGAACAAACUACCCUACAGAUACUUAAAGCUAAACUAGGACCUGAAGAUCUUCGCACUCAGGAUGCUGCUGCAUGGUUAGAGUAUUUUGAGUCUAAGAAUGUGGAGCAGCAAGAGGCUGCACGCAAUGGGACCCCAAAGCCUGAUGCAACCAUAGCAAGCAAAGGUCAUCUUAGUGUGUCCGAUCUCCUUGAUUUCAUAAACCCUGACACAGAGAUGAAGGGAAGAGAUGUGCAAAAGAAACAGCGUCGUGCAAAGAUGUUGCAGAUCAAGGAUAAACUUGAUCAAGUUAAUUCUGUCCCUGUCAAGGAUGACAUUCAACAUGAGGAAAGCAUGGCAUCAAAUGCUUUGGUAGAUGAAAAUGCUGCAGGCAAUGAUAACACAGAAACCAAGCCAGAAGGUUAUGUUGAGAUGAAGACAGUGAGUCUCGUACAUGAAAAGGAUAGUGUGUCUGUGCACGAACCAAACCAGCCAAUGCUUGAUGGUUCAGACAUAACAGAAUCUAUUGAUGAAGGAUGGCAAGAGGCUGGAUCAAGGGGUCGUAUUGGUAAUGGUGGAGGACGCAAGUUUAGCACUAGAAGACCAGCCCUAGCAAAGCUCAACACAGGUAACUCUGGAUCCUCAGACUUCCAUAGCACAACGUACAGAAGGAAAAAUCUAUCUCCAGGGCAAAGAACAUUUAUGUCACCAAAAACACCUUCAUCUGAUGGGUGCAUGGUUGGAAAGUUGGUCAAGUCUUCUAGCUUUAGUGAUAAAGAUAGCCCAACUGAAAUUCCUGGGAAGAAGCCUGAGACGGCAAUUGAUUCUCAACAGCAUUCAGACGUAAAGGCAGUUACCAGAUCUCUCCCACAUGCAACUCUCUCAACAAUGGCAUCCAAGUCUCUUUCUUAUAAAGAGGUAGCUCUUGCACCUCCUGGCACAGUGUUGAAGCCCAUAAUGGAGGCAUCAGAGGAUCUGCCCAAAGAUGCUACAAAUGUGCAGGGUUUGGAUGAAGAAAAGGUGAUAACCAAGGAGGAGGAAGAAGAGGACUUAGAAGUGAAGGUGCAAGAAGAGGACGUUGUAGACAAAUCUGAAAAAGUAGUUGAUGCUGGUCAUCUAGAACCAUCUGAUGAUGUAAACAACACAAACCCUGAAACUGACGAGGCAUCAUCUCCAAAAGAGAGCAAGAAAGAGAUGAUGGACACAAACAACAGCAAGCUUUCAGCAGCUGCUGAGCCAUUCAACCCAGGGAGUCUGCCAUCCUUGAUUCCACCGUUUUUCCCAGUUUCUUCUGCUGGAUUUAGUGAUGGUAGAGUAGAGCAAGGAGGAAUUCUUCCACAACCUGUAAAUAUUCCCCAUCACCCAUCUAUUGCAGCUAGAGUUCCCUGUGGUCCACGCUUAUCUGCAUACUAUAAAACUGGGCAUUCCUUUCGCCUAAAACCUGGGUAUGCUAAUAUGCAUAAACCCAUAAUAGAUCGAAGCAGCUUCAGCCCUCCUAGGACAAUGAACCCUAAUGCAGCUGAAUUCAUACCUGGGAAAGCAUGGCAGCCUGCUCAAGCGGUGGAUCCAAAACUUGUGGAUUCAGAACUUCAGCCAAACCAAGUGGAAGCAGAAAAUGAUGGACAGGAUAAGGAACAAAAGAUUACAAGUCCAGAAGAGGGUAACUCUGAAAGUGAAGCCACUGCAAGUGGAACUAGUAAACAAUGUGAAAAGUCACAAAAAUCUGAGUUGGCGAGACAAAUUCUGCUAAAUUUCAUUUUCAAAUCAUUCCAGAACAACGUAGAGUCGGAUAAGACGCAGAAGGCAGAUGCAUCUCAGUCAGUUAGAAAGGAUAAAGAUUUGGAUCAAUCUUCAGAUCCAAUCGAGAGAGAUUCUGCAAUAAUUAAAGUCCUUUAUGGAGAUGAAAAGAAUAAGGAAUUGGAUACUCAAUCUCAGCCUUCUGACCACGGCCAGUCUAAAAGUACAGAAAUGAGCAAGAAUAAAAAUGGUGAAGGUGAAGGCUUUACAGUAGUGACAAAGCGGAGGCGGAACAGGCAACAGUUCUCUAGUACAGUGAAUGGACUAUACAGUCAGCCAUCUAUAGCCACUUUUGUGACUUGAGCCAGUACACAGCAAUGAAAAGGAAAGGACUCACAGAAAAAAGAUCCAGAAACAGUGGUGUUAACUGUUAAAGAAAGUAAUUUUCAGGAUUUGAAGGCGGAAUAAGAGAGUGAGCCUUUGGAAGAAAUUUUAUUUCAUUGACGUUCUAUCUGUUAGGAUUCAGAAAUGCUUUUCAAGUUCGUAACAGACGUGCAAAUGUGCUUGCACAGAUGGAGAACCAAUCUGAAUCAGGGCGCCAAAGCGGUUGCAGCUCCUCGUGUCCAAGAGCCCUCAAUGAAACAUGUUAAUAGGCGACCUCCACUGAUGGAAACUGUUUUCUGUCGGAACCGGCAGUUACUCGAUUAUAUAUGUAGUGUAGUAUAUUCUGGGAGCGGAUAUGACCAUUUAGCUUGUUUGGAGCAUUGGUAGAAAGCAAAAUAAAAGGCAAUUUUUCCUCCUUGUUCUAGAAGUUUUGCUGUUUGUGUAAAUGUUUCAACUUUCAACUAUGCCAAGAAUGCAUGCGUGUGUUUGCAUGCACGUUUGCUAGUAUGGGCUGCUAAGUUGUUGUUUAUCUUGCAGUAUGAAUAUCUUUCUUUUCCUGCAAAUUUUGUAGCAGUUACAUUAAUUAAAGACACAAACACAUCUCUCAGAAAUUCUCCUGUGCUUGACUACAGAUUUUUUUA